AUCUUUGCCAUUUUCAGUAGAAUUUUUAUAAUUUAAAAAGCAUGGUUCUGAACAAUUUUUGUUACAGUUGUUUUGGGAUUUUCAAAUAGUUUUGUUUUAUGUAUGGUAGAAUUCUUAAAAUUAUAGUUUCUGAUUAUAAUGAAGUUUAAACUUAGUUUAUAACGGUAAAUAAAGCCACAUAUGAGUUCAAAAGCUCGUUAACUCGUGCACAGUCUUGCUAGUCUCAUCCCUUGCCCUGUUUAAGAGUGGCGAGUGGGAUGUGAGCAGGAGUGCCUGGCAAGGAGGCAGUGGGAGCUGAUGCUAAAGAGCCUUGGGUAAUGCUUAAGGAGCUUGCACUACUCCUGGUAUCAGACCUUUCAACACAAGGCAGGGAAGUGAGAUCGUUAGGUUUGCUUUUUAAAACGUCUUUCUCGUAGCAUUUUACUGGGUGAUUCGGGCUUGGGAAAAAUUGGUGGCAGGUCACCUGUUAGGGCAUCACUGCAGUAUUUCAGGUGAGAGAUAAUAAAAAUCUGACCCUGGGCAAUAGCAGUAAGAAAAAUGGGAAUGGCAAGGGUGGGGCAGGGGGAACCUUAUAUUGAGGGGAGGGUAAGGAACAGGUCUCAGGUAAAAGCAACAAUCCUGGGUGACCAGUUAAAUGUUGGGGGAGAGGAAAAGAGAGGAGAUGAAGUUGUCUCCAGAAAGAGUGGCCUCAGGAGAAACAGGUUGUGGGGGGAUGGGGUUGGGCUGGCGUGGGCAGAAUCCAUCGGGGAAAUAGUACCUUUGGUAUUGGUUUGGUACAGGUGAGUGGGCCUGAAUGAUAGCCACAGAAAUCCCAAAGCAUGAUAUAAAAACUAAUGAAAUUUGAAAAGUAAUAAACCUGAAAAAGAAAAUGACAAAGUGGGAUUUACAGGGCAUUUGUAUGGCUUAUAUUGGAGAAUAAUUAGGACUGAAGCUAACUACUUGGAAGUUAUUGGCAUAUAAAUGGUAUUUGAGGCCAGAGGAGAAAGGGUGAGGUGAGUCCAAGGAGAGAGGCCUGCUUUAAAUGAAACAAAACAAAGAAAUAGGGCACAGAGUUAAAUUUGAAUGUCAGAUUAUACAAUAAAUAAUUGUUUAGUAUAUUCCAUGUGUGGACACGUUUAAGACAUACUUGCCCUAAAAAUUAUGUAUUAUUUAUCUGAAAUUCAAAUUUAAUUGGUCACCAUGUGUUUAAUCUGGCAACCAUAACAGUGGCUGCACAAGAAAUGUCAGCAGAGACCAGGCAGGCCUUUCAGAUGGUGAGGUGAUGUGUAAGACACAGGGGCGUGGUGGAGGCUGGGUGACCCAGAACACCUGUCCUUCAUUCUCAGGGGUAGCUGCUACCCAUGGCCUUGAGGGUGUCCGACAUUCUGAUGUUUCAAAAGAGAAUAGAAAUAUUUUUUUAAUGUGUAUUUAAAAAUAUAUAAUAUUUUUAGUAUCAAUAUUUAAAGUGGUCAGUUGGGCUGGCUGAGUGCAGUUGCUCAUGUCUGUAAUCCCAGCACUUUGGGAGACUGAAGCGGGAGGAUCUCUAGAAGUCAGGAGGCUGAGACCAGCCUGGGCACCAUAGCAAGUCCCCAUCUCUACAAAAAAAUAGAAUAAAUUAGUCAGGUGUAGUGACCUAUGCCUAUAAUCCCAGAUACUUGGGAGUCGAGGCAAGAGGACUGCUUGAGCCCAGGAUUUUGAGGCUGCAGUGAACUAUGGUAGCACCACUGCACUCCAGGCUGGGUGGCAGAGUGAGACUCUGUCUCUCUUUAAAUAAAUAAAUAAAUAAAGUGGGCAACCAAUGAAAAGAAAAACAUGUGAAAUACAAAGCAGCUCUGUGGGUUCCACUGGUUUGCAGCCUCUGAGCUAAUUUCUAAAGUGGGUGUAGCAGGUUUUUACUCUGUAAAUUAUGGUGAUUUGCUGGUCAGGGUAGAUGAUACUUGUGUGUGGGGAAGGGAUGAUGGCAACAGAUGUUUUCCUUUUGCAAAAAGUAAAAUGUGGGAGUGACUUCUUUGGCCAUGACUUCAUGGUCUUUCACCUCAGAGCCAUUUGCAGUAAAAUUUAUGGAUUUAAAAAUAUGAUUCUGAACAAUUUUUGUUAGAGUUAUUUUGGGAUUUUAAAAUAGUUUUUUGGUUGUAUGUAUUGUAGAAUUCUUAAAAUUAUAUAAUGAUAAUUUAUAAAAAUGCAUACGAUUAUAAUUCAUAAAAUUAUAUCUCCACUGGCCAUUCUCCUGUAGCUGGGAGAAGUUGACACCAACAGGGCUACAUCCCAGUGCUGACCUGCUCUGCAGGACCCAAGGAAGGGGAGCACAGCCUACCAGCCUUUUUGGGUAGCCCAGCGACAGCACCUAGGGCUUCAAAGGCCUUCAUAAGAAAAUUGUGGGCGGAAACUUCCAAGGGGUUUGCUCUGAGCUUCUUGAGACUUCUCAGUUUCAGAUGCAAAGUGAGUGGGCGUUUCUCUGAGAAGCAGAAUGAGAGAGAGGUGUUUCCCUUAGCUAUGGAAACUCUAUAAGAGAGAUCUAGCUUCCUUUCUCUUGAGCAGUCAGCAACAGGAGUCCUGUCCUUGACGCCUCAGCCUCUACAGGAUUAGGAAGAAAUAAGACCAUUUGCUGGGGCUGGCUGGAGUCACCGGCUGCCAUGCAGCAGCCCUUCAAUUACCCAUAUCCCCAGAUCUACUGGGUGGACAGCAGUGCCAGCUCUCCCUGGGCCCCUCCAGGCACAGUGCUUCCCUGUCCAACCUCUGUGCCCAGAAGGCCUGGCCAAAGGAGACCACCGCCGCCGCCACCACCGCCGCCACUACCACCUCCACCACCGCCACCAUUGCCUCCAUUACCACUGCCACCCCUGAAGAAGGGAGGGACCCACAGCACAGGCCUGUGUCUCCUUGUGAUGUUUUUCAUGGUUCUGGUUGCCUUGGUAGGAUUGGGACUGGGGAUGUUUCAGCUCUUCCACCUUCAGAAGGAGCUGGCAGAACUCCGAGAGUCUGCCAGCCAGAGGCAUGCAGUAUCGUCUGUGGAGAAGCAAAUAGGCCACCCUAGUCCACCCCCUGAAAGAAAGGAGCUGAGGAAAGUGGCCCAUUUAACAGGCAAGCCCAACUCAAGGUCCAUGCCUCUGGAAUGGGAAGACACCUAUGGAAUUGUCCUGCUUUCUGGAGUGAAGUAUAAGAAGGGUGGCCUUGUGAUCAAUGAAACUGGGCUGUAUUUUGUAUAUUCCAAAGUAUACUUUCGGGGUCAGUCUUGCAACAACCUGCCCCUGAGUCACAAGGUCUACAUGAGGAACUCUAAGUAUCCCCAGGAUCUGGUGAUGAUGGAGGGGAAGAUGAUGAGCUACUGCACUGCUGGGCAGAUGUGGGCCCGCAGCAGCUACCUGGGUGCAGUGUUCAAUCUUACCAGUGCUGAUCAUUUAUAUGUCAAUGUAUCUGAGCUCUCUCUGGUCAAUUUUGAGGAAUCUCAGACAUUUUUUGGCUUAUAUAAGCUCUAAGAAAAGCACUUUGGGAUUCUUUCCAUUAUGAUUCUUUGUUACACACACUGAGACUGUUGUAUUCAAUGACGGUCUUCUUAGGCACAUUUGAGGUCAAGUAAGAAGACAUGAACUAAGUGGACCUUGAGACCACAAGGUUCAAAAGGUCUGUAGCUCUUCACUCACCUAACGUUUAUGAGCCAGACAAAUGGAGUAAUAUGACUGAAGAACAUCUGGGCUGCCAUGUGAAGAGGCAGAAGCAUGGAAAAGCAGCUGCCAGAUGUUCUACAUUCAUCUUCAGUGCCUGAAAGUAUUUGGGCACAUUGAAAAGGAUGCCUUUUAACUCACUUCUCAGGGUGGGCCUUGCUACCUCAAGGGUGACUGUCUUUCUGAUACAUGGUUGUGACAUGAGUGUUUAAGGGAUGGGAAAGGAGGACUAGAGGCUUGCAUAAUAAGCUAAAGAGGCUGAAAGAGGCCGACACUCCACUAGCAGCAUCUUCACUUCUAAACACAUAGCCUGAGCCAUCGCUGAUAGUAACAGAGAAGCAAGAGAGAUAUUUUGAGGACUCAUUCCAUUCCUAACACAGCAUGUGUAUUUCCAGUGCAAUUGUAGGGUGUGUGUGUGUGUGUGUGUGUAACUAAAGAGAGAAUGUAGAGAUUGUGAAAUACAUAUUAGGAAAAUAUGGGUUGCGUUUGGUGAUAGAGUUUGAAUGCUUCUUGACAAUAAACUCUAAUAGUUCUUAAAAAUCAUUGAUUUUCAGCUACUGAUGAAGUUUUCCUAGAAUAUAAUAAAUAUUUAUAUAGAUGUACAUUUUUGGGAAAAGAAAAUGUAAUAUAAAGCAUAUGUUAGGAUACA